AUGUCUGGAGCCGAGGUGGCGGCUGCCCCUGGCGGCAGUAACAAUGCCAGCGAAUUUGUUCGCAAACUGUUUCGUAUGCUGGAAGACCCGGCACAUCAAGAUGUGGCCCGAUGGGGCAAGGGCGGCGACACGUUCGUUGUGGUUGAAGGCGAGAAAUUCACGCGAUCAAUUCUACCCAAGCACUUUAAACACAGCAACAUGUCAAGUUUUAUUCGACAAUUAAACAAAUACGACUUUCACAAAGUGAAGCCCUCGAGCGAUAGCGAAACUUCGAUUCCAGGAGGGAAUCUGUUGGAGUUCAAGCAUCCUUACUUUCGCGCAGACAGCAAAGAAGGCCUGGAUAACAUCCGCCGCAAAGCCCCUGCGCCAAGAAAGUCGCAAGUCGCCGAAGACUUCACUACCAGCCAGCACGUCAGCGUCAUUUCAGAGCAAUUGACGGCAACUCAGCAGCAAGUACAACAGCUGCAGGAGCUGUAUGCCGAGGUUUCCCAAACGAAUCGACUCCUUGUCACCGAAGUCAUGACGUUGCAGAAGAUGGUCAAGGCCCAGAAACAGGCUCAGUAUGAGAUGCUCAAUCAUCUUGCCGCAUACGACCCGAGGAAUCGAGGCAUGCCGGGACAGCCGAUGAACUCGAACGGAAACGGCGAACGCGACGAUGUCGUACCGGAGUUGCGCAGAGCCCGAGAGCUGCUUUCCAGCGUGGCCCCAGAUACUGUAUCCGACAGGGAGCUAGAACGUAUCCAUGGCUCGUACGCGGCGGCUUCAUCCGAAUCUGCCGCCGUGGUCACACCCGUCUCCAUGCCUUUGAUGCAUGACCCCAUGACGGACCUGAGUCGAUACCCUGUGUAUCCUGUCGGGCAGACGGUCGGCAUCGACCCCUUCCAUUCGGAUCAUAUUCACAAGAUUCCGUUUGCGAUUCCCAACGACGGCACACCGAGCACCAUGUCCAGCGAAACCGCCGUCUCGGCACCGGCUCCAGUCUCCAGUACGACGCCAACAGCGACUUCGAGCUCGGAUCGGUCUGCUUCACUAUGGGCCGCCAAAAAACCACGAAUCUUGCUGGUUGAAGAUGACCAAACAUGCGCCAAAAUCGGCAUCAAGUUUUUAAAGUCGAUGGACUGCGAGGUGGAGCACGCUGGAAAUGGUGCAGAUGCCUACACACGGGUUAGCAACACUCCCAGAGACCACUUCGACCUCAUGUUCAUGGACAUCAUCAUGCCAAGGCUCGACGGCAUCUCGGCGACCAUGUACAUCCGUCAACACUGCCCCGCAACUCCCAUCAUCGCCAUGACUUCCAAUAUUCGACCCGACGAGGUGAAUGGAUAUUUCGAGCACGGCAUGAACGGAGUGCUCGCCAAGCCUUUCACGAAAGAGGGAAUGCUCAAGUCGGUGAAGAACCAUCUUUCUCAUCUGUUGAAGGAUACUCGGGGGGUACAUGCGGAUUCUUCGGGGUAUGCCGUAGGCCAUCACCAUGUUCCGUACAUGGGCGCACCUGGUAAUCUCAAGUAUGAACCGACCACAUCACCAGGAGCAACCACCUCUGGGUGGUCCCCUGGCCACAUGCGCCAUGGCAACGUUGACCAGUGGAAUGGCAUGAUGAAUGGGGGCGGAAGUCAGUACAGCAUGGGCCGAUCGAGUUUCUCGAGAUCAGAGCACGAUAGCCCGCCGGAGAAGCGACCCCGACUCAACACAUCCCAGACCAACUACGGUUGA